UGACAACACAUACCUCAGUGCACCUGCUGAGAACAAACCAGAGCUGCUUUUCCUUAUAGUCACCUCAAGCUGUGGGAAGAAGGCCUUACAGCAGCGAUACGUGGCAGAGAUCAGCUGGGACAGGGCAUGGCGUCGACCAUCAUCCUCCUCCCGGAGAAGCACUUCCUGUGCCCCCUGUGUAAAGACAUCUUCUCCAACCCGGUGACCACGCCGUGCGGACACAGCUUCUGCCUGUCCUGUCUCUGCCACUACUGGUCUCGGCACGAGUCCAGGUACUGCCCCGCCUGCAGGAGGCUGUUCGCCGACAGGCCCGACCUCAGUGUCAACCACGUACUGGCGGACGUGGCCGACAACUACAGGAAGAGCCGUCCGCAGAAGCCGCCUGAUGAGAAAAAGGCUGUGGAUGUUGAGCAACUGAUCCAGGAAAGACUACAGAAGAUAGAAAGACUGAAACAUUCGCUUCAGCUUCAGAAGAGCUCGUAUCUCCGAGAGGUGCGAGAGAGCCAGAAGACGUUCUCCGCCCUGGUCAACGCCAUGGAGAAGGCCCACAAAGGGAUCGUGGCUGAGAUCGAGGCGAGACAGAGAGCGGAGGAGAAGAAAGUAGAACUGCUGGUGAAGGAGAUCGAGCAGGAGAUCCAGGAGCUGAGGAACGAGGGCGUCCAGCCUGAAGCCUCCGUCUCUGAGAACAUCAGCGAUGAGACUAAGAAAGCUUCCCUGCCCGCUCAGAUGAGGGACUGGACCAGCGUUACCAUAGAAACUGACCCCUGCAUCGGCGUCACCCGGAGAGCAUUGUCGGAUAUUCUGGAGAAAAUUAAUGCAGAAGUCAACAGAAUCUCCAAAGCUGAACUGAAGAGGAUCGAGAAGUACACAGUGGACGUCAACCUCAGUGCCAAAACAGCGCACCCCUUCCUCUCGGUGUCGGACGACAGGAAGCAGGUGAAGCACCUGGACAAGCUCCAGGAAGUGCCAGACCACCCCAAACGCUUCAAGCGCGUGGCAAACGUUCUGGCCAAAGAGCUCUUCGGCAGCGGGAGGUGCUACUGGGAGGUGGAGGUCGGGGAGAAGAUAGAAUGGACGCUGGGCGUCGCCAGUCAGUCCGUCAACAGGAAGGGGAAGUUCACCGUGUGCCCGGCAAACGGGUUCUGGACUGUAGGCUUGAAGGCCGGAGGUCAGUACGUCGCAAACAGCUCCCCCGCCGCCCUGCUGGCCACCGAGGCCCGGCCCAAGAAGGUGGGCAUCUUUCUGGAUUACCCAGAAGGCCGUGUGUCGUUCUACUGCGUGGAGUCUGGAGUUCACAUGUACACCUUCACAGAUACCUUCACGGACAGGCUCCACCCCUUCUUCAGUCCUGGUCGACUGCAUGCUGGGAAAAACGCAGCUCCUCUAAUCAUCGAGUCCAACUUCUGCAGCAUCUGAGCUUCGUGGGCCUCACAAUUGUCACAAAUCUUUUGAGAAAUAUUUCUGUAUUUAUUGAUUUAAAAAAAAAAUGUGUUUGAUAAUCUACAACGAACCAUGGGCUCCUUGUCAAAGCGCUGAAGAAGCGGUUGCAUAAGGACUGACUCCUGACACUUGAAAACUUCAAUGAAACCCAUAAACAGACUGAAAAAGAAAAAGCAGGGAAGGAGAAAAAAAGAGAAAAUAGAAAAGGCUCUCAUAAAUGAACAAGUGAGUCAAAGAGGAAUAAGAAGAGAAA